AUGACAUCAACAUCCAAAGGAAUUCUCCGCCCAUUUUUAAUCGUCUGCUUAGUCCUGGGCCUCUUUAUAUCAUGCCUUCUCAUUUACAUCAAGCCCACCAACAGCUGGAUCUUCAGCCCGAUGGAGUCCACCAGCUCUGUGCUGAAAAUGAAAAAUUUCUUCACCUCCAAAACUGAUGAUUUUAAUGAAACGACUAUUCUGAUUUGGGUGUGGCCGUUCGGGCAGACCUUCGACCUCACCUCCUGCCAGACGAUGUUCAACAUCCAGGGAUGCCACCUCACCACAGACCGUUCUCUGUACAACAAGUCCCACGCGGUUCUGAUCCAUCACCGGGACAUCAGCUGGGACCUGACGAAUUUACCUCAGCAGGCCAGGCCGCCCUUCCAGAAGUGGAUCUGGAUGAAUCUGGAAUCACCCACUCACACGCCCCAGAAGAAUGGCAUCGAGCACCUGUUCAAUCUCACUCUGACUUACCGCCGCGACUCAGACAUCCAAGUGCCUUAUGGCCUGUUGACGGUGAGCACAAGCCCCUUCGUGUUCGAAGUGCCAAGCAAAGAGAAGUUGGUGUGCUGGGUUGUCAGUAACUGGAACCCCGAGCACGCCAGGGUCAAGUAUUACAAUGAGCUGAGCAAAAGCAUUGAGAUCCACACCUAUGGGCAAGCGUUCGGGGAGUAUCUGAAUAGUAAAAAUUUGAUCCCUACCAUAUCUACUUGUAAAUUUUAUCUCUCCUUCGAAAACUCGAUCCACAAAGAUUACAUCACAGAAAAGCUCUACAAUGCUCUUCUGGCUGGCUCAGUGCCUAUUGUCCUGGGCCCAUCUAGGGAAAACUAUGAAAAUUAUAUUCCAGCAGAUUCGUUCAUUCAUGUGGAAGAUUUUAACUCUCCAAGCGAGCUAGCAAAGCAUCUGAAGGAAGUUGACAAAAACAAUAAGUUGUACCUUAGUUACUUUAACUGGAAGAAAGAUUUCACGGUAAAUCUUCCGCGGUUUUGGGAAUCGCACGCGUGCUUGGCUUGUGAUCAUGUGAAAAGGCAUCAAGAAUAUAAGUCUGUUGGUAAUUUAGAGAAAUGGUUUUGGCAUUAG